UUGCUGUGCAGCCAAGGAUGCCCCUCACCUCCUGAUCCUCCUGACUGUACCUCCUACACAUGCUGGUGUGCACCGUCACACCCAGGGAGACAUCCCCAAUAUUUCUAUCAGUGUGGAUCAAGGUCAUAGAAACUAAUUUUCUUUUGUUAUAGAAAAUGCUUUUUAAACAGGGGUAGGGGUAGAGAUGUUGACUUAGUAUGAGAAAAGAAGAUGUGUUAUUCUCCGAAGACCCAAGGAAGGGAUUGGAAACGAUGAGUUUCGCUACUUGCCUUUAUUAGGUAUCGUCUAUCUGAUUGUUAGAAAUUAUUCAUUUCCUCAAAGAGAGAAUAAAUUGCCUGGGGAUGCAGCCCUGCUCUGCAGUCUUCCUUUGCUGAAGGCCAACACCGAAGGCUUCAGAAUCAUGAGGGUGCUUCUGCACUGGAGUGUUCUAACUCUCGCCUGUGUCUGGGCCGUCGCUAUGGAGAUUCCCAUGAGCACGGUGGUAAAAGAGACCUUGAGCCAACUGUCCACGCACCGAGCUCUCCUAACAAGCAAUGAGACGGUGAGGCUUCCUGUUCCUACUCAUAAAAUUCACCAGCUGUGCAUUGGUGAAAUCUUCCAGGGGCUAGACGUGCUGAAGAAUCAGACUGUUCGUGGCGGUACUGUGGAAACGCUAUUCCAAAACCUGUCGUUAAUAAAGAAAUACAUUGACCGCCAGAAAGAGCGGUGUGGCGAGGAGAGGCGGAGAACACGGCAGUUCCUGGAUUACCUGCAGGAGUUUCUUGGUGUGCUGAGUACAGAGUGGACAAUGGAAGACUGACACUGAGCUGGCUCCGCGAAGACAGGACUUCAGAUUUGAUUUGCAGUUAAUUUUUUUUUAAACUGAUGCAUAAAAGCCACAAGAUUGGACAAAUUAAGGGUUCCCACACACUGUGUCCACUCAUAAUUACAUCGUGUAGUCAAGUUAAACCUAUCUAUGUUCUCAAAUACUGAUCAUUUGCAUAUAACAAAAUAUUUAACAUUCUUUUCGUAUAUGUGUAAUAGGGACUCGUGUAGUUCAGGCGGGGCUCAACUGAGCUACAUUCCCUAGCCCUCACCCCCUUUCUGGAGACUCAGUGUAUAGUUAAGGGUGACUCCGAUCCAUUCAGAAGAAGGAAGAUCACACCCCCCCACACACUCCAACAUCCUUUCUCCUGGCUGUCUGAGACAGCCUGUAGCUCUCUUGAUGGGGACUACCACACCAGGGCUUCCUGCUCCCGUCUAACUUCAGGGUAGUGCCCAUUAGCCAGCCUCUCCUCAACUCCCUGCUGUUCUCUCUAGUCUCCAGCAACCCCACUCUACUCUCAAUUUCUAUGAGGUUAACUUUUCUUAUAUUCUUAUGUAUGAAUCCGAUUGUGUCAGGAUCGUCCUUCUGUGCCUGGAGUACCCAGAUACUGGAGAAGGAAAAGGCCAUCUCAGUGCAGUGAGAAUGAGAGCCAACCACAUGUUGGACCUUGCUUCUCAGGGUAACUGAACUAUAGAAGCAAAGUAAACGCUCUGUGUAUACUGCAACUUUACUAGCCCACACAGGCAGAAAGCACCAAAUGCUUGAGAUGUGAUUCAGGCUUCUGGGUCACUGAAGCAGCCUCCUCUAGUUUACUCCAGGAAAAAUAGAUGUUUGCUUUUAUUUAAUUCUGUAAG